AUGCGUCUCUCUGUAGUCACCGUCAUAUCCCUGGCCACGAGCUCUCUCGCUGUGGCCUUAGUGCCCAGGGAAUCUAACAGCACAUUGGUGGAACCAAACCACAACCCCGGAGGCGGAGGAGGAGGAGGAGGAGGAGGAGGUGGUGGUGGUGGUGAAGGUGGUGGAAAAGGGGGUGACAAAUCCGCCAAGCCCUCUGCCACUCCCACUCCCACCGGUGGUCCCGGCGGCGGCGGCGGUGGUGGCGGUGGCAGUGGCGAGAAUCCUCCCGGCGGCGGAGGUGGUGGCAGUGGCGAGAACCCUCCCGGCGGCGGAGGCGGUGGUAGUGGCGAGAACCCUCCCGGCGGCGGAGGUGGUGAUGGUGGCGGAGAAUGCAAAGGAGGCGGAGGCGGAGGCGGAGGCGGCGGUGGUGAAGGUGGUGGAAAAGGGGGUGACAAGCCCGGCAAGUCUGCCAUGCCCUCUGCCACUCCUACCGGUGGUGGAGGCGGCGGUUCCGGCGGCGGCGGCGGCGGUGGUGGUGGUGGAGGCGGCGGAGAGUGCAAGGGAGGCGGUGGUGAAGGCGGUGGAAAAGGGGGUGACAAGCCCGGCAAGUCCGCCAAACCCUCUGCCACUCCCACCGGUAUUGGAGGCGGCGGCGGCGGUGGCGGUGGUGGUUCCGGCGGCGGAGAGUGCAAAGGAGGCGGUGGUGAAGGCGGUGGGAAAGGGGGUGACAAGCCCGGCAAGUCCGCCAAACCCUCUGCUACUCCCACCGGUGGUGGAGGCGGUGGUGGAGGCGGCGGUGGUGGUGAAGGUGGUGGAAAAGGGGGUGACAAGUCCGCCAUGCCCUCUGCCACUCCCACCGGUGGUGGAAAAGGGGGUGACAAGCCCGACAAGCCCGACAAGCCCGGCAAGAACCCCGGAAAGAACCCCGGCAAAACCCCCAAGAAGAAGUGCGCCAAGCUUCGGAUGAAAGCCAAGGGCACCGUCACUGGGUGGAUCGGCCAGCUUGAAAGCGGACAGCUCAGGAUCGGUCUCAAGCCGGUAAACUUCCGCUUGGAGAACGGCCAGAUCGUCGACUCCAAACGACGCGGCAUGUGGUGGACACCCCCUACCGAGACGCUCCAGUGCGACCCGGGCCAGAAGCCCGACAAAGGCUGGGCGACCGGCUGUGACGGCCAGUUGAUGUUCCAGAACCAGACCAAGUUCUUCCAGUGCGAGGCCGACAACCAGACGUACAACCUGUACAAGAAAGACGAUCAGGGCGUCAACUGCGGCGAGGUCACGUUGCACAUGACAUGUGGCCGCGGAGGGGGCGAGAAGCCUCCAGGCGAAAUGCCUCCACCUCCCGGCGAAAUGCCUCCCGGAGAAAUGCCUCCACCUCCCGGCGAAAUGCCUCAACCUCCCGACCAGAUGCCUCCACCGCCUCCCGACCAGAUGCCUCCACAGCCUCCCGCCGAAGGGGGCAUGCCUGCCGCCCCUUCGAAUCAAACCCAGUCUCCCACGAACGGAACUCAGGCCCCUUCGAACGAGACCGAGGCUUCUCAGAAUGCUACCGGGUCGAAGCCGCAAAUGCUCAGGCUAUGA